UGCCUGGACCACCGGAGCUCCUCAGCUAUUAGCACGACCGUCGGAGCUCCUCGGCUGUUUACCACGACCAAGGCCACGACGCUUCCAACAGACCCAAUAUGAAAUAAGGUCAACUGUAUACAGCAAAGUACGUCACAAGAUGUCGGGUUACGAUGAAGAUGAGUCCCGUAUGGCCCUUAGGUUGUACCACGCCGUAGAAGAAAACAACUUAAAGACAUUACGACUGCUACUUGUGAAAGGCGCAAAUAUUCACUACAAAUAUUUCGAUGACAAAUCCCUGCUCCACAUUUGUUGUGAGAAGGACCGUUUGGAAUGCGCCAAACUUUUGAUGGAAUUUGGCGCCAUUGUUCAGGCGCAAGACGAGUGGAAUAUGACGCCUUUGAUGUACUGUAUGGUCCGGCAUUUUUGUGACAUUGCAAACGAAUUAUUGGCACGUGAUCCGCAAUCUGUUCACUCACAGGACAAGUUUGGAAAGUCUGUCAUUCAUUGCGCCACGGAGUUUGGAUCUGUAGAACUCUUGAAGCUUGUGUUGUCGCAUGGUGCUGAUGUUGAUCAGACAGACUGGUACGGGAUCACUCCGCUUAUGACUCUUUGUGCAGGAACUGGGAUAAGACAUUCCAAGGAACUGUGUCGCGUGCUGCUAGACGCAGGUGCAAACAUCGAGUUAAAGGACAUAAGAAGCAGACGCACCGCCUUACAGUUUGCAGCCGUACAGAAGAACGCUGACCUGGUCCAGUUGUUGGUGGGUGCUGGUGCUGACCCUAACACUACGGACAAUGCCUGUCUUAGCCCACUGACCAGCGUCAUAUUCCAGUUCUAUCGCCUGAAGAACGCCAGCUGUGACUUGAACGAUGACUUGAUGACCAUCGUCAUUAUUUUAACCCAGGCCGGUGCAAACCUGAACCUGAACACUCGAGAGAGCUCAAAUCCUUUAUAUAUGGCCGUUAAUUUCAAAGUAGAGCCCCUCCUUAGGUUCUUCCUCGACCAUGGAGCCGAUCCCAAUGUAAAAUUUCCAAUGGGUGGGACGCCAUUACUGACGGCGGUGAAGAAAAAAGAUGCAGCAUGUGUCCGCGCCCUCCUUAACUGGAGCGCGCGUUCCAACAUCCGGGGACGGGUGUUUAGAACAGCUCACGUUCACGACCAGUACUGGGUGGAUGCCAUGGAACUUGCCAUGGACCAAGGUUGCUGGGACAUUGUUCUCCUUUUGUAUUCUGCGGGAUACAACAUCAGCAGAUUACACUACCUUCGAGAGGACGUAAUAGACUGCGAAGUUCCUGAAUCAUUGUCUCGGGACAAGGAAAUGCUUACUUACUUACAGUACUUGGCCAGGAAUCCAAGAACUCUGUUUCAUUUGACAACAAUUUGCAUAUGGAAGAGCAUACAAAGUAACAUACAGGAAAAUAUUAAACAACUUCCGCUUCCAACGAGGAUCAAACAGCUCACCUCUCCCGAGUUUGUCCUGGAGUAAACCUUUCUAUAUUUUUGUUUUGCUCAGUUAAGUGGUCGAGUAAAGUGUAAAAUAUUUAUCAAAGUUUAGAGUACGACGAAAGAAUCUCACUAAUCGGGGUAAGGUUCAUAAAUACCCAUGAGGCCUGUGCCAAACACAGGACACUUAAGGACCUUAACCGGAGAGUUGAGACUUUCUACUUCAUUCCUAAAGUGGACAAUUAUUUUCCCGUUCCCAAAACGGGAGCGUUUCAUCAAGAAGAAAACGUUGCACAGCCAUAAAGGGGCGUUAUUUAAUUGUACAACGGCAUAUCAGUUCUUAUUGAAACGUCAUAGCACGUACACGUUGUAUAGUUGGUAAGCAGGGGAAUCAUCCACAGUAACAGUGAGAGACAACUCAGUAAUCAGUAGAGGGUCGGAAGGUAUAGAGGACAAUUUUCGGGUCGAGGAAUUACAUGUUGUAACCGGCAAACUUUAGCUGCCAACCAACAGCUAUAUAUAUCGACAGUAGACAGCUGGUUUAUAUAUCAAGUAUUCUUAUCAAAAUAUCACAAUUAUACGCUCAACAUUGUUUUGCGAUAUUCAGAUAUGUAUAUUUUAUCAUAGUAUUGAUUUUGCCUUUUACACACUAUGGGCUUUAGCUUAAAGUACAACAGCAUAAUUAUGCUACGUCAGUGUCAUUUUCGCAUAUCGGAGCUAAGUGAUAAUACUGCAUAACAGGUUCCAAAUCAAUACAUUGAGUUACCCUCAUAUAGACUCCGUUAUGAUAAUAAUCAAGUAACUCUAUUCAGUAGUACAAUGUAUUGCAUUUUAUGUCAUUGUUAUCAUGUAAAUGUAAAUAUAUGACAGAAAUCGACGCCGAUUAUUGAUGCAUUCAGUAUGUAUUCAAACCUUAUUAAUCGUUUUGUAAUAAAUAUAUUUAUCACAUA